CUCACUGGAAAAUAGUGGUUUAAAAUAAUCUUCGUGUGAAACUAACGCCAUAGCCACUACACCUAUAACAAGCAGCAGGGCUCCUGUUGUUACCAAAAUAAACUUUUGGUGUUUGAUGAUCAUUUUGUUAGAUUUUUUUCACUAUAAAUUGAAUUAUUGUCACACACCAACAGAAGGUAGCUAACAACUAUGAUUUGUGAUGAGAAAUUGCUAAAAAUUAUAUAAGUGAUUUACAAACAAAAGAAAGAUAAGUCACCUAAUUUAAUUGACGAUAAAGAAUGGAUCGAUAAACUAAUGUGAUAACGGUUUGUUUUUUUGAAUAGCGAAAAAUGACUUGCCUCACAAGUAUGUAGAUAUUAUUAGUUACAUUUUUUUUGUGAGAUAUGUAGUCUCAAAUGCAAUUAUGGAUUUAACUAUAGAUGCAACUGGCACCAUAAAAAAGCUUAGACGAUUGAUGAAGUAUAGUAUAUGAUGGAGAAAGAUCUGCAACUUAUAUUAUAUAUUAUACAAUGAUAUUAUGCUAGGCCAGCCUUAAAAAGUACUUAAGUCUGCACCAGUUGUAACUUAAGUGAUUAGUGUAGCACUAAAGAAGACAAAGUAGCUGGUGGAAAGUCGGCUUAAGUUAAGAUUUAAAGUACCUACUGGCUGAAAAUACAUAUAAGUAACAAUGUAGUCAAAUCGUUCAAAGUGAGACAUUGUAGUCGAAUCUUCUACUAAUUAGAGAAUUGUAUAGAGUGAGAGAAUAAUGUUAAUCAUAGGUGCAACUAGAGGGAUGCUUGGGGGUGCUAAGCACCCUUAAAGCCAAAAAUUAGCACUCCCAUGCGGCAUCCCACCAUAGCACUACCUAACACUAAUAUAAAAAAUCAGUGCAACCAAAUUAUUAUUAUUAUUUUUUUUUGCACUUUUUGUACUUAUUUAUGUACGUCAUCGAUGACGUCAUAAUUUAGAAAAAAGUAUUUGUCGUUGAUUAAUUCAUAGAGCACGUUCGCAAUUAUUAUGGUUAUGGAAUAAAAUUUUUCAAUCGGGGCUGGUAUUACAAAUAUUACAAUAUUACCUUAAAAUCAAGACUUACCCUAAAAUAUACGGUUUUUAUGUUAUAUUUAGGAUGACGUCAUCGAACAAGGUGAGACAAUGUUGUCAAUGUCUAUGUCCUGUUCACAAUCCGAUGUCUACGGGUACAGGUAAAUUUAUCACCUUUCCCUAUCAAAUAGCAUUGAAAGGUGAUAAAUUUUACCUGUACCUGUGGACAUCGGAUUGUGAACGGAUAUGUUUAUUCUAUAUCUCAAGGUGUCUUUGAAAUACCGGCCCCUAAAAAAUCAUUGGAGUCCCAGAUAUAUGAAUUAAUUAACUGCGUAUUAUACAGGGUGUUCCUAAAUAUCAUGUACAAAUGACAAAGGGUGAUUCUUUGUUUUUUUUAAGACUGAAAUUUCAAAUAUGUUCUAAAAAAUUGACUUAUUCAAGCAAAAUUUUAAAAAAUCACCCUCUUACAUUUUAAUUUUUUUCUGGAAAACUUGCAAAGGAUAAAUUUUGAAAAUUUUCCAGGAAUAAGAGGAAAAUGAGGAGCUCGUUUUAUGAAAAUUUCAAAGUUUUCCAGUAAAAAAUCACUCCAGGAAAAAUUUUGAAAAACUAACUUUUUCAAGCAAAAUUAAGGAGAAUUCACCCUCUUAUAUUUUAAUUUUUUUCUGGGAAACUGGCAAAAGGAAAAUUGUGAAAAUUUUCCAGAAAAAAGAGGAAAAUAAAGAGCUCAUUAUAGCAAAAUUUUAAAAUUUUCGAAUGAAAAAUCACUCCAUGAAAAAUUCUGGUAAAUUGACUUAUUUAAGCAAAAUUAAGGAAAAUUCCCUCUUACAUUUUAAUUUCUUUCUGGAAAACUGACAGAGGGAAAAUUUUCAUUUCCAAGAAAAAGAGGAUAGUGAGGAGCUCAUUAUAGGAAAAUUUCGAAAUUUACCAGUGUGCUGCAGCACCCCUCAAAUUUGGAGCCUAGUUGCGCUUAUAAUGUUAAUACCUUAGCAUUUAGUUAAAUUUUCCAUUGACUAAAUUUGAGGCGAGUUGUAAAGCCGAUUCCUGUCACUCAUUUUAAUAAAAACUACUCAGAAUAAUACACCCACACUUGUUUUGAUGACCGCGAUACUGAAAUUUUCAUCUUCCGGAAAAUAAAAACUAAAAAAAAUCAAAUUAUGAAUAAAUUGUGUCCCUUUAUGUCUGAGCUAUGUCAAAUGUCUGCCAAUAAUCUAUCAACAAUUUAUUUUUAUCUUAAUUUACACCUUUUUAAUAGUUUUACAGUACAAAAGAUAACAUCAUCAUAAAUCCUUAUAUUGAGUGAAUUAUGAGUCCAUAAUGUCGUUAUUAAAGAAGCACUUUUACACUGCUUUUAUUUUAUUGUAAAUAUUUAUUUUUUGAUAAAACAUGCUAACUAAAACAGUUAAAAUUGUCCUAAUUUUGGCCGGAGUGGUAAUCGUUGUCAUUAUAGUGGUGGUUCCUUUGGCGAUACACCUGAUGAGGAGGAAGAAAGUUGAUUCUUCCAAAGCGUCCUUUUAUUCUGAGUACGUAUACUCCAAUGCUUUUUGCCAAAUUGGUUGUUCAAUUGACCCUUUUGAAGCCGACCCUUAUCCCUUAAUAGUCUUAGCAAACACUAACACAUUCCUUUAUCCAAAUCCUGGCGAGAAAAUUUUAAGAUUCAAAGUCAACCAACGAGUAGAUUUUAUUUGCCCUGGCGGUGGCGUAAAUGUAGGUUCUUUGGAAACCGACAAUGGAGUAUUAACAGGAACUUGUAAAAAAGGGACUUCAUUCAAAAUCAAAAGGAAAACACUUGAUUCGUCGGAAAUAAGAUGUAGAACUCCAAUUUUGAGAGAUAUAAGAGCUACUGGAAACCGUUGCUCAUGGUUUGAUAGAGGGCAGGAGCUAGAAGUUGGAUUUAUUGUUGAAGAUGGUAGAUUUCUACGCACAUUAUCCAUUUGUUUCAAUCAAGCUAAACAACUAUCUGAGUUCACUUAUAUCGAACAAACACCUUCAAUUAAUCAACAAAUUUUGGGAACACCCCGACCACCGUGGUUGCAAGGAUCGGGAAUUUAUAACAUUAAAGGAACCAUCUCUAAUUUGUACUUGAAAAAGAACCAGAGAACCACUAUUAAUCGAUUGCUAGGUUUGCCAGACAAAUCCACCAAAUACAUCAAGAAUACUGGAGAUUAUUUCUUGGCACGUGGACAUUUGACAGCCAGAUCCGAUUUUUUUUAUGCCGCGCAGCAAAAUGCCACUUUUUACAUGCAGAAUAUUGCACCGCAAUGGCAAACGUUCAACAGUCGAAAUUGGAAUCAGAUUGAAGCUGACGUUAGAAAUUAUGCGGCUGCUAGCGGUGUAAAUUUACACGUGUGGACUGGUGUUCACGGAAUAACGACUCUCCCGCACGAAAAGACAGGCCUACCAACUCAACUGUACUUGUUCGUCAACGAAACAUCGAAGCUAAUCCCAGUACCGGAAAUAUUCUGGAAAGCCGUCUACAAUCCGAAAACUGAACGCGGCGUUUGUCUGAUCGGAGUCAAUAAUCCUUACCAAGAAACUUUUUCGCCAAUUUGCCCGGACAUAUCCAAAGACAUCGAUUGGUUGCAUUGCGACAGGACCAGUCAGAAGCGAGGCUUUUGUUACGCUUGUAAUCUAACGGCGAUUAGAUUUGCCAUGCCGAUACUACCGAGGAUAACUGAUAGAGGAUUAUUGUUGUGAGGAUUAAUUUAAUAAUAAAAAAAAAUUAUAAGUGGGA